AUGUCUGCCCUCGCUGGACUCGAAGAGGAGAGACAGGCGUAUCAAGAACAGCUCGACAUCGUUCUUGGCCAACUACGAGACGACCCCGAUAACGCCGAACUCAAAGCGCUACAGGACGAGUUGAAAGAAUUCAUCAACCUUCUCAAUGAAAACAUUGCUGAGCUCAAGCCCAAGCAGGCCCCUAAGCCAGCCCUAAAGGAGCCGUCACCGCCACCCCAGCCCGAGAAAUGGUCGCGUGAGAACCACCCUGCCUUCAAGAAAGCCGCCCCAGUCGAGGAAAAGGAAGAAGCACCUGCGAACUAUCAAGUUAACGAUACUGUCUUGGCCAAGUGGGUCUCUGGCGAUAAGGCCUUCUACCAAGGUCGCAUCACAUCCGUCACAGGAUCCUCGACGGACCCCAUCUACACUGUCAAGUUCAAGAGUUACGAUACUACCGAAACAUUGCGCCUUAGGGACAUUCGACCUAUUUCGAAUAAGCGAAAGGCCGACGGCCCGCCUGCCACCUCGGGUGCUCCUCCCGGCCUUGGCGUCGUGACGUCUGCUGGCGCCACUGUGUACCCCGAUGCGAGGAAGGAUGCCGAGCAGAACGCUGAGGCGAAGCCGCCCAGGCCAAAGAAGAUCAAGGCCAAGAAGGAAUUGGAGGCGGGCAAGAACAAGUGGCAAGAGUUCAACUCCAAGUCAAAGUUUGGAAAGACUCAAAAGAAAGACAGCAUGUUUCGCACUCCUGAAGGUGUCCAUGGUAGAGUCGGCUUCACUGGCUCUGGAAAGACUAUGCGGAAAGACCCUACACGAAGCCGUCACGUCUACCAAGUGAAUGAGGAACUGGACUAA